AUGAAGGGAGAGGUUCCGACUGCAGUUUCCAGAACUCCACAAGAAAGUCCGAAAACGGGAAUUGAGGCAAAAUCUACUAUAAAGCCAAAGGAACAAGUGUCGAGCAAGAUAAAGCAAGAAGGAAAAGGAACAGUGGAAGAUGAGUUGAAGAAGGAAAAGGAACGAAUCCUCACUGCAGUUUCCAAAACACCACAGGAAAGUUUGAAAAUACCAAAGGAGAAAAAGGCUGUUAUAAAACCAGACGAAAGCAAGCUAGUAAAACUCACAAAGGAAGAAGUUUUGACGGCAGUAUCCAGAACAUCACUAGAAGAUGCAAAAGUGCAAAGGGAAACAGAUCCUCCUAUUGAGACAAAGGAACGUGAGUCAGAUGAGCCACUAAGGACUGCUAUAGCGGUCUCCGAAACACCGCAAGCUGUAAAACGAGGAGAAUCAAAACUGAUCGAAGAAAAGCCUAAGGAAGAUAAGUUUUCCAAGCCAAAGAAGGAAGAAGUGUUGACUGCAGUCUCCAGAACACCUCAAUAUACUACAAGAAAGCGUAAAAAAGAAAGACCUUUUGAGGAUAAGAAAAAUGAGUUGAACAAGAAAAAAGAGGAAACUGUAACAGGCGUUCUCAAGACACCACAAGAAACUGCAAAAAUACAAAGAGAAGCAAGACCUGUAAAACCAAAGGACACUGAGCAAAGCAGGCAGGAUGUAAAAUUGAAGGCAGCUUCUGAUAAACGAGAUGAACGUACAAAGGGAAAAGAAGAAACAGCCACUGGAGAGAGACCAAAGCAGGAUGAGCUGGACAAAAAGAAGAGAAAAGGAGUUUUGAAUAAAGUCUCCAAGAUACCGCAGGAAAAGUCUAAAAUGCAAAAGGAAGAGGAAAGCAGUGAAAAGGCAAAGGAACACGAUUUAGUCAAGUCAAUCCCUAAGGUACCACCAGAAAGUGUGAAGAUGCGAGAGGAAGGGAAGGGCGUUAAUCCAAAAUUAGAGCAGAAAGACAACAAACAAAAGAAAGAGGAAUUAAAGACAAGCUUUGAUAAACAAGAAAUUGAAAAGCACCAAAAGGAAGCACUCGUGAAAGAGAAGCUAAAGGUUGAUGACUUACUUAGAAAGGAGGAAGCAACGGCAACUUCAAAAACAUCACUAGAAAUACGAGUAGAAGAAAAAACCACUGUGAAGCUAAAGGAACAUGAAUUGAAAAAGGAACAAGGUCUAAAAACUAUUGCCAAAAAUGUUGACGAAGAAAAGGAAAUACCGUCAGAAAAAACACAAGAUUGCUCAGAUCGAAAAAGCGAUGCACAUGGAGAAGGGAAAAAAGUGGUCACGGAUGAAAAUAAUCUUGGAGAUGGCAAGGCUAAGGUGAAGAUAGUGGAGCGACCGCCAGCUGCAGAG